AUGUUGAAGGUUGAGAGUGUUGCUUUGUCGUCUUCUAGUCCACCUCCACCUCCUCUCACUCCAUCCACUGGUGUUCUCUCUCCUGUUCUGUCCAUUCAAAGCUCAGAAGCGCCGGAAAACCCCUCCGGAAUACCACCGCAACAACCGGUGGCGGCCAACUUAACCAUCGCAACAGCCAGCGGUUCCUCCAGCUCAAGCGGUAAUGGUGCAAAUUGCAGUAACAGCAGUGUGUUUGCAAGUAUAUUUGCAUCAUCAACACCGUCAGGAGUUUCACAACCUUCGCAAUCACCAUCUUCAUUCUCCGAUAUGCUCUGUGCUAUGGCUGGUCCAGAGCACCACCAAACAGAACAACCCAUGUCCCUCUCUCUCUCCUCUUCCCUCUAUCUCUCCAACAACAAUCCCUCCUCCCUAUUUCCAACCACUAGUCAAUCCCACCAUCGCCAAUACACUCCGACUCAACAACCCGCUGCUUUAUCAGCCACUGCAUUGCUUCAAAAAGCAGCACAAAUGGGGGCAACAGGGUCGAGUUCCUCAUUCCUUCGAGGGCUUGGUUUGGAAUUACAAUCUUCAGUAGACAAUCAAGACACGGCAACAGCUAGGCAAUGGAACAACAGCCAUGUGGUGGUGAAGCCAGAGAGCAAGUCAUCGGUAGCUGCUGGCCUAGGGCUAGGGCUCCACACCGAUGGAGCCGCCUCCGGUUUGACUAAUUUGAUCAUGGGCCCACCGUCCUUCUAUGGGAACAAGCCGACCACGCUUGAUCUUCUUGGCCUGGGGAUUGGAGCUGGUGGAGCCUCCACUGCUGGCUUCUCGGCUUUGUUCACUUCCCUUGGAGGUGGGCUUGAUGUUGCGGCGGCGGCUUCAUUUGGAGGAGUGAAUUCCUUGGCUAAAGAAUAUUGGAAAGGUUCAUCUGAAAUUACAUUUUUCUAG